AUGCACGCGAUCAAGAGCUUUAUAGACAACAGCAGUAGUUGCACACAUGUGUACAAUGGCUCUAGUUACACAUUCCACCCAAACAAUUCGGAGAAUUGGAACUCCUGGUCCUAUAGCAGAUAUCUGUGCAAGCAGACUGGAUAUGAUCUGGUUUCCAUCGAAAGUUAUGGGGAAUGGAGCUUUUUGAACCAAACUAUCCAGAAAUUUGAAACAAAGGAAUACCUCAUCGGGCUGAAGAAAGAUAUAUCGUCCGGAGAGUGGAGAUGGAUAAGUGAUAAUAGCACAGUAAAUGCGACAAUCAAGGGAGUGUGGCCUUGGGCACCAAAUGAACCAGGUGACCGCUCAAAGCCAGAAAAAUGCGUAGAAAUGUACAAGACAUACGGAGGCUCUGUGAGAGAGAAUAUAAUUUUGCCAUACAGAUCACCUUCAGAUCACGCUCACGAUCGGGUCAAUUGCACCUAUGAGGUGCCCCUGAGUUCCGAACUGCAAUCGAUCGAUCCUGUGCUUAUUCAACAAAUGCAGAGCUCUGCCGAGCUUACUGUACACUUAACCCUUUCACAAACGGAAUCUGUGCCGGCCACCUGCGAGACAGUAGGCGACUGCAAAAAGGAGUGCGAGUGGGAUAAUAUAGAUGAGACUAAUCGAAAGUCAAGGUCAGUAAGAGAGGGAUAUUCAGAUAUUCAAGAAAGAGCACGGGAAAACACAGUGUUGGUGAGUGGUGAGAAAGGAAUACAGCAGCCACAUACUUUGCGCGACAAUAAAGAAGAAAACAAGGAUCAUGUUUACGCUGUUGUUCAAAAAGAACGAAAGGACAGAGCCAGUUCUAAAGCAAACACUCUCAAAACACCAUCAGACCGCCCUCAAGAAGGAACAAGAGGGUCACCUGUGAACUGGGGCUCCUACGUCGACUGUGUUGAUCGUUCGUCGCAUCCAACUGAUUCAUGGCUCGGAAACAACGCAAAGGCUGCAGAGAGCAAAACACCACAGGCUGGCGGGAACAUUGAAUAUUUGUACGCAGCUGUUGACAAGACAAAAAGGAAGAAGAAACCGCCACAGAAGCCCUCUCCAUACCGUGGUCUAAUGUACGCAGAUAUGGUCCAUUCCCGAGAAAGUAGCGCAAAGCUCGUCAAAGAACAGUCCCAAACCGUGUACGCCCAAAUCAAUCAGGCCAAGACAGCAUGCGUGAUGAUAUCUCAGCAGAAUCUGGAGGAAAAAGAGAAAGGCGAACAUCAGUGAACUCUGUUCAUUUCCAAUCCUAAAAAUAAUUUAAUGAAGAACAUAAAAAUCAACUCAAACCUUAAAGAAAAAUGAUAAAUUGUCUUGGAAACAAUAAUCAUUAAUCAUUUGUCUUGUCAUUAUAAAUAACUGACUAUUUUGGUAAAAAUGAUGGUGUCCAUCAUCCUCUAUUAUCUUUUAGAGAACUAUGAAAAUAUAUGUAUACAUUUAAGAGUCUUGCAUGUUCCCCAACCACCAUUACAAGUUACCCUUUAGGAUUAGUUUAACUACCAAUUUUUACAAGGGUAAAAUAUUGUAACUAUAUGUAAUCUUCUGUAACAAGAUACUUAGGAUGAUUUACUUUAAGGCAC